AUGAUACCAUGUAGUGAUCCAUUCGAUGUGAUAAUCGUAGGGUGUGGUGCAGCUGGUAUUGGUGCAGCUAUAAAAUUUCAAAAAUUUAAACCUCCAGCACGCAUUCUUCUUCUCGAAGCUCGAAAUCGAAUUGGUGGACGAGCUGUUACUGAUAUUGAUACAUUCGGUGUCGACGCGCCAGUUGACUUGGGUGCUCGUUGGUUAUGUCAUCAUCAACCAGACAAUGUCCUGCGUUCCUAUUACACUCCAUCGAACAAAGAUUGGAUUGAAUGUAAUACCUAUGAUAAAUUGAAUAUGGCUAUUUUCGACGAAGAUGGAACACUUAUUUCCGAUGAUCUCAUCGAACAAGCACAAACAACUGUAGAACAUAUUUUGACGAGUGUUAAACAAUAUCCAUCGGAGAAAAUCGACAUUUCAAUCUCUCAGGCGAUCGAUGAACAAUUAAACACUAUUUCAAAUGAACGCAUGCAUCGUCUUGUGCGCAUGUUUCUUAGCUUCAUAGAAAUACACGAAGGUUCAGAUCUAACUGAACUAUCUACGAAAUCUUAUACACAAGGUGAAGGUAGUCUUGAAGAAUGUGAUCUUGCCGUAGCAAAUGGAUUGGGUUCCUUUAUCAAGCAGGUCGCAGAACAACAUAAUCUACCGAUUGAACUUAAUGCAGUGGUCAGCCACAUCGAUGUUUCCACUCGACCAGAUCAACUUGUACAUAUCACAACUCAAGAUAAUCGCAGUUAUUUCUGCAAAUAUGUACUUUUAACUGUAUCCCUAGGUUGUUUAAAAGCACGUUCAAUCAAAUUUACACCACCUCUACCUAUUUGGAAACUAGAGGCCAUUGAUCAAAUGGGUUUUAGUUUGCUCAACAAAGUGUACUUACAAUUUCCAUCGAUCUUUUGGGACCCGAAGUUGAGAAGAAUAAGUGUUGCUACCGAUCUUUUUAAGAAUUACUUUUGCAUUCCGGAAACUCGUAUUUUGGCUUUAUAUAUUGCUGGUAGCGUGGCUCGUGAAUUAGAGAAGAAAAGUGACAAAGAAAUUAUCGAGCAAGUAGUCGAAUCUCUUCGUAGAAUCUAUCCAUUGAUGAGUAAUCCUAUCAAAUGGUUAGUGACACGAUGGGGUUCUGAUGUAUUUUCAUAUGGAUCAUACUCAACCUUUCAUGUUGGUAACGAAGUUAGCAUAUUGAGAGAAUUAGCACGAGAUUCUCAUGAGAACUGUGUGCACUGGGCUGGUGAACAUACAAAUUAUGAAGGUUCAACAGGUUAUGUGGAUAGUGCUUUCGAGAGUGGGCAACGCGAAGCCACACGUAUUCAAAACAACUUGAAACAAGAAGAAAACAAGAAUAAAUCGGAAAUUUAA